ACCAUCUUCUAUUAAAGAUUUCACUCCUCCCCUGUUUGGCUUUGGCUGAUUCCAUCAUCAUCAGCUGUGAGGAGCAUCCGCGAAAUCAAGAAGAAACAAUCUCUAGAAGGAGAAACUGAAAAUUUCUUCAUAUUCAGGUCUUCGAUUCUCUCAUCGAAGCCCGAUAUACAACAAUUCUUUGGGCUGAAUAGUUUCUGAACGGGUUCUUGAUAACAAUCUGAGAUACUAAACAAAAGACAAUGGCAAAUAGGGGGCAAAAGCGGGUGGAAAUAAUUGAUGAAUUGCCAGCAGAUAAGAGAGCUUGUAGUUCAUUGGAGUUUAGACCAAGUUCGUCCAACUCUUCAAUUCAAACCCAAAUAAAUUCUGCAAAUUCCACCCCUGAAACCAAUGAUGCUGAAACCCACAAUGUUGAUAUGGAUACUUCGUCCUCUGGUUCAGCUUCAAGCAGGUCAGAGGAGGAAGAACAUGAGAGAUAUUCAACUCAUGACUCUUGUGAUUCUGAUGAUGCAGUACCAAAACACAGCAGUGUGCGAAGUUAUCAAAGGCAGAGAUCAUUUGGUGAUAAUGGCAGAUUGAGGAGUGCUUUGUCCCAUUUAAGUGAAGGGACCGAGCCUUCAGGGCAAUUAGCUGCUCUUACAGAAUUGUGUGAAGUGCUUUCAUUUUGUUCUGAAGAUUCUCUUUCUAGUAUGAUGGCUGACUCGUUAUCCCCAGUACUUGUUCAGCUUGCAAGGCAUGAGAGCAACCCAGAUAUAAUGUUGUUGGCUAUAAGGGCUUUAACUUAUCUUUGUGAUGUGUCUCCUAGAGCAUCUGGUUUUCUUGUUAGACAUGAUGCGGUUCCUGUUCUUUGUCAAAGAUUAAUGGCCAUUGAGUACUCAGACAUAGCUGAAGAGUGCUUGCAAGCAUUGGAGAAAAUAUCACGGGAACAACCACUUGCAUGCCUACAGGCUGGGGCUAUCAUGGCUGUUCUACGUAUUAUUGACUUCUUCUCGACAAGUGUACAAAGAGUUGCACUUUCAACAGUGGUCAAUAUAUGUAAGAAAGUUCCAGCCGAAUGCCCUUCUCCUUUCAUGGAGGCUGUUCCAAUAUUAUGCAAACUUCUACAGUAUGAGGAUCAACAGCUUGUUGAGAAUGUAGUUAUUUGCUUGAUGAAAAUAGCAGAGCGAGUCAGUCAGUCUUCUGAGAUGCUGGUUGAACUAUGCAAGCAUGGAAUAGUUAAUCAAGCUAUGCAUCUAAUACACUUGAAUAGCCGGACCACACUAUCACAACCGAUAUACAAUGGUCUGAUUGGGCUACUUGUCAGACUUUCUUCUGGUUCAAUUGUGGCUUUCAGGACUCUUCAUGAGCUCAAUAUAAGCUGCACUUUGAAGGACAUAUUAGCUACUUAUGACAUCUCACAUGGAAUAUCUUCUCUCCAUGCGGUAGAAGGGCAGAGCAACCAGGUACAUGAAGUUCUGAAAUUGCUAAAUGAGCUUCUUCCUCCAGUAGCAAGGGAUCAAGAUGUUCAACAAGAAAUGUCAGAUAAGGAAUCAUUUUUAGUUAAUGACCCUGAUCUUUUGCAUAAGUUUGGGUCUGAUAUACUACCCACGUUAAUCCAGGUGGUUAAUUCUGGUGCAAAUUUAUAUGUUUGCUAUUGCUGCGUAUUAGUCAUAAAAAAGUUGGUUUAUUUCAGCAAAUCUGAAAUGCUUGCUGAAUUACUUGAGAAUGCAAACAUUUCAAGUUUUUUGGCUGGAGUAUUUACACGGAAGGAUCAACAUGUGUUGAUAUUAGCCCUGCAAAUUGCUGAGAUAAUUUUGCAAAAACUUUCAGGUGUUUUCCUGAACUCUUUCAUGAAGGAAGGUGUCUUUUUUGCCAUUGAUGCCCUUAUGAUCCCAGAAAAAUGUUCACAGUCAAUUUUCCCAGUAUUUAAUGGCAUCCAGUUGCCUUCAGACUCAAGCCAAAAGUUUGUAUCUAAGGUCGUACUAAGAUGCUUAUGUUAUGCAUUUGAUGCUGGUCAGUCUCCUAUAGCCUCAGAAGCAGGAACAUGCAAGCUUGAAAAGGAUGAUGUUCAAAGUCUUGCGAAGCAUAUAAAAACCACAUACUUUGCUCCAGAAUUAUGUGACUCUGAGAAUGGGUUGACAGAUAUCCUUCAAAAUCUCAGAGCUCUUUCUGCUUUGUUGAGUGAUCUGAUGAAUAUGCCUGUAAGUUCUGAUGCUUCCACUCAUGAUGAAGAAAAGUUUUAUUGUUUAUUACAUCAAGUUAUGGAAAAGCUUAAUGGAAGAGAACCUGUCUCUACUUUCGAAUUUAUUGAAAGUGGAAUUGUGAAGUCAUUAGUAAAUUACAUAUCCAAUGGUCAGUAUCUGAGAGAAAAGGUGAAUUUUCAUGGUAGUUCUGACCAUUAUUAUCAUAUAGGAAAAAGAUUUGAGGUGUUUGCUAGGCUUUUUUCAUCUUAUUCAAGCCUUGAUGAAGAGUCACCGGUAUCACUUUUAAUACGGAAAUUGCAAAGUGCAUUAUCUUCUUUGGAGAAUUUCCCUGUUAUUUUGAGCCAUUCAUCCAAGCAAAGAAACUGGUUUGCUACUGUUCCUAAUGGACGCUGCAUGCCUCACCCAUGUCUGAGAGUUCGUUUUGUGAGGGGAGAGGGGGAGAUGUGUCUUUGUGACUACUCUGAUGAUGUUGUCACUGUUGACCCUUUCUCUUCUUUGGAUUCUAUUGAAGGAUUUUUGUUGCCUAAAGUUAGAAUCGAAAAAACCAAUCCAAUAGAAACAGCUGCUUUAGCCAUGGAUCCAAUGGAAAGUGUACAGCUUCAAAUUCCAUCAAAUGUGAACCCUGGGCCUGGACAAGGUGAAAGUUCAGGUCGUGUGGAGCCUGACAACAUGUCUACUGAUUUGACUGAGAUUCAGGAAGAUGAGGCUAAAUUAUCAGAGUCUCCCCUGGGACAAGCAGAAAAUUUACAACAGAGAAAUCCUGGCGAAACUACAUUUUCAAAUGAUAGUCAUCUUGCCUCUGUAGAGAAGCUGGUACAAGAUCCUUCUGCGGAAGACAUGAGUAGACAAAGUCAGUAUCCUCCAUCCUCUAGCAAUGGUGAUGCUUUUUCAAAACUAGCAUUUUACCUAGAAGGGCAAGAGUUGGACCGGGCUUUGACAUUGUAUCAGGCAGUUCUCCAACAGAAAAUUAAAGCAGACCAUGAAAUUAAUAUGGGGGCGAAGCUAUGGAGUCAAGUAUACAUUCUGACUUAUAGAAUAGCUGUAGAACCUAAAGAUGAUAACCCUCAAAAAUGUCAUAUUUCAGCGCAAGAUUCUUUUGCAUUGGAUAAAAUUGAGGCUUAUAUGCAGAAUACUUCUCUUUUCACUAACAUAUUUAAUUGUGAACUUUCUUCUGACUUGGAUAAGUCAAGUCCUACUUAUGAAGUUUUGUUUUUACUUAAAAGUUUGGAAGGCUUGAACAGGUUUACAUUUCAUCUGAUGUCUCAUGAAAGAAUACAUUCAUUUGCUGAAGGACUAGUUGAUAACUUGGAUAAUUUAAAAGUAGAUGUUCAUUCAGUCUCACAGAAUGAGUUUGUGAGCAGUAAGUUGACAGAAAAACUGGAGCAGCAGAUGCGGGAUUCUUUGGCUUUGUCUGUAGGUGGUAUGCCAUUGUGGUGUAAUCAGCUUAUGGCUUCAUGCCCCUUUUUAUUUAGCUUUGAGGCAAGAUGUAAAUACUUCCGGUUGUCAGCAUUUGGACCUCAGUUAGUUCAACCUCAGACACUAUCAAAUAAUAAUUCAGGAGUUCCAAGAGACGGGAGAUCAAGUCCUGGUAGUUUGCCCCGUAAGAAAUUUGUAGUUUGGCGUGACCGAAUACUGGAAUCUGCUGCCCAAAUGAUGGACCUUUAUGCUCAUGUCAAAGUUCCCAUUGAAGUGGUGUAUAAUGAAGAAGUUGGUAGUGGUCUUGGUCCCACAUUGGAAUUUUAUACCCUGGUCAGUCAUGAGUUUCAGAAGUCUGGCAUUGGCAUGUGGAGAGAGGAUCAUAGUUCAUUUCUGGACAGGAAAGGAUUGCAGACUGAGGAUUCUGGAAUUCUGAUGUCUCCUUUUGGCCUUUUUCCUCGUCCAUGGCCAUCCAGUUUGGAUUCAUCUGAUGGGAUACAGUUUUCUGAAGUCAUUAAUAAGUUUGUCCUCUUGGGGGAAGUUGUAGCAAAGGCUCUUCAAGAUGGAAGGGUCUUGGAUCUGCCAUUCUCAAAAGCCUUCUAUAAGCUUAUCCUUCAGCAGGAACUUAGUCUGUACGACAUUCAGUCCUUUGAUCCUGGGCUGGGCAGGACACUGUUAGAGUUUCAGGCCUUGGUUAAUAGGAGAAAAUUUUUGAAAUCAGCUUUAGAAGAAAACUCAUGUAACACUGUAGAUGCAUGCUUUCGGAAUACUAGAAUUGAGGAUCUUUGUCUUGACUUUACUCUUCCUGGCUAUCCUGAUUACAUUCUUCACCAAGAUCACAAAAUGGUAAAUAUGGAUAACUUGGAGGAGUAUGUAUCUCUUGUUGUGGAUGCUACUAUAUAUGCUGGAAUUUCCGGACAAGUUGAAGCCUUCAAGUCUGGAUUUAAUAAGGUUUUUCCAAUCAAGCAUCUUCAGAUUUUCAUUGAGGAGGAAUUAGAGAGAUUGCUAUGUGGAGAACGUGAUUUUUGGGCUUUUAAUGAGCUGUUGGAUCAUAUCAAAUUUGAUCAUGGAUAUGCUGCUAGCAGUCCUCCAAUCACUAAUUUACUGGAAAUCAUGCGAGAGUUUAGUCAAGAACAGCGGCGAGCAUUUCUGCAGUUUGUAACUGGGGCACCUCGGCUUCCUCCAGGAGGUUUGGCAUCUUUGAAUCCAAAACUGACAAUUGUCCGGAAGCAUUGUAGCAAUUACGUAGAUGCAGAUCUACCCAGUGUAAUGACAUGUGCUAAUUAUCUGAAGUUGCCACCUUACUCUUCAAAGGACAAGAUGAAAGAGAAGCUUUUGUACGCCAUAACAGAAGGACAAGGGUCAUUCCAUCUUUCAUAGUUUCACUGCUACAUAGAUUGUGAAUUUGUAAUUAUUAGCAUAGGUGCUUUUGUACAGGGAAAAGAAAGAAUGAAUGCCUGGUGAGUGGUCGGAAUUGAUGAAGGUAGGAAACGACGACUGAUUAUUAUGGAACAAGAGGAAGCUCCUUGUCUUCACUGACUAUGCAUUUGGUGGGAUGCGUACAUAGGUUUGAGAUACAGGUAGUUGAUUAACAGAAGUUGGGAAGUUGUACAGAAUAUCUUUAUCAUUGGAUGGACUGGCUUUCCAACAUUCCUUGUACAAAUCAGUGUACAGAUAUCUUUACCAUGGAAGUAUCUGCUCAGACAGUUUCGGAUAUUAGUAUUUAAUUAACAUAUUGCUAAUGUUAUUGACAAAGUUGUUUACAGAAUGCAUGGGGUCUUUUCUUUUA